UUGAGUUGAAUGGUGGUGGGGAGCGCACCAGUUCUUACUGGCAUCACGGCAUUUCUUUAUUUUUGCAAUUAAUGGGAACCUCACCCGAAACAGAAGAAACUUUUGCACAUUAUUUUGUUUUGCCUAAACCGAGAGAAGAACAAUUCACAAACCACCAGUGACUAAUCAAGUUUCUUUUUGGUAGUCACAACACAAGUAAGAACUGUAUGGAUGGAAAAAGGCAUUAUUGGAAGGAGGCUGCUGCGUGGAUUGGGAAGCCAUGGAUCUUGGAAAUACCUCUUCUCUUCACCAGACAGUGCUGCAGAUGACAAAGACACUCACUACGACAUCAUCAGAAGUCAUGGCUUAUGAACCAGGACGUGGAGACAACCUUCCUUCAACAGGUACUGUAGCCUUCACAGCGAAGCUGAAUGUCGAUGACAGCUAUCCCUGUCACUCUGGAGUCCUGAAGUUUACCACUGUGCUGGUCAACGAGGGAGAAGGUUACAGUCCUGACACAGGCAUCUUCUCCUGUCCUGUGGAUGGCUUCUAUCACUUCACCGUGCAUGUGUCUGUGUAUGGGCGUGGGCAGUGUGCAAUAUUCAAAAACAGGGAGAAAGUAGUGUCUCUGUAUCACACCUCUCUCCCUGAUAAGUGUAGCCAAGUGGCCAGUAUGAGCAGUGUGAUCAAACUGUCAAAACAAGACGAGGUCUGGGUGAAUAUCUGGGGGCCUGGCAGAAAUGAUAUUUUUGCAACUCAAGAUAAUGACACUGUCUUUACUGGGGUUCGUUUGGGUUAAUGACAUUAGUGUCAGUAAAGUUCUUGGAGGGGCUUUUUUUUCCCCAUAAUGAGCCAGUACCACUUCAGUGUAUUCUUAUUAUUCUUUAGUGAGGUUUGUUACAAUUAACACAGUUGUGCUUUUGCAUCAAUAAUUUAAAUGUUUUACUGAAGUAAACUGUGUUGUGCAUGACCAAUAAUAAUGUAAUGCUGUAUGGCUUUAUUAUAAACAAAAAUAAAAAUGCCUGAAUGUUCUUUUUUCUUGUGGCUUCCCACACUUAGAGACACAUUUUCAAACCUCUGAAAGCUAUAGCACGAUGGAAAAAGUGACAGAGCGCCACAUUUAUUGUCAGGUUUAGCUUCAAGCAAUAGGUUUUCCUGUGGAUUCAGACAGUGGAACAAAAGAGUCAGUAUUUGUUUGGGUACAGUUUUGUGAGUACAAUUGUGAGUUUAUGGCUGAGGUCAGAUAAGUUAAGCUUGCUAAGGUUUAAGGUUGUGCAUUAAAGCUAGUGACAGGCAUGUAGCCACAUGUCUUGAUGGUUUCCAGAGCAAAUUUUGUGUUCACAGCUCUAACAGAAAAUAAUACUGUGGAGUCUUUUCCCUUUUCCUUCACAUACUGAAUAUAAUCAUUAUCAAUAGUGAUAUUAGUGUCAAAAUAUCAAUAAAGUUCUUGGCUGGUAUUGGCUUUUCUUUUUCCACAGUUACUGAAAUUAACAUUGAUUUUCAUCUGUUCUAA